GUUAGAUUCUAAUAUAAAUAAUAAUUGGGAAUUAAUAAACGAAAGAGGAAUAACUCUGCAAAACACUGAAAACACUGCUAAAUUGAAAUUUAUUGAGCGGCGUUGCCAAAGGGAUAUCCUUAAUAACAUGGAGUGUCAAGUUUAA